UGUGGCUGCUUGAGCAGCAAGUGCCUGGAGCUCUGCCCAUCACCAUGGCACACAAAAUUGAAGAAAUUAAAGACUUCCUGAUCACAGUCAGGAGGAAGGAUGCAAAAUCUGUUAAUAUAAAAAAGAACAAAAACAUGAAAUUCAAGACCUGCUGAAGCCAGUACCUAUACACUCUGCUCAUCACAGACAAGGAGAAGGCUGAGAAACUGAAGAAGUCCCAGCCACCUGGUUUGGCUGUGAAAGAACUUAAAUGA